AUGAUUCACCAAUACGCUAAUACCGUCAGAGUGGCGAGGAAGUCCUGCAACUCCUUUGAACUGAACACCAAGGUCAUGGCCAUGAGAAGAACUCGAGCUAAUGAUUUACUGAUCGUCGCUACGGCUGACAAGCUUAGGGGCAUUCUCGUUGAUAGACUCGGAUCUCAAACUGGCGCUGUCUCCAAAUUGGUCCCAACAAUCCUUCUCGAGGUCCUCGACUUGGAUGCGGUGACUACGUCUGAGGAAGUUAUUGAGGCGAUCUGUGCCGCGGUUCCGGAGGAUGACGGUGACCUUGACGUUGCCACUAAUAAAGCCAGCGUAACGGUCACCAGCAUCUGCAGGGCACUCUAA